AUGUCGGCCCUGGAGGGUGCCUCCCCGGCACCCCCACACUUGCACCCCAGCAGGACACUGACGCUGCGUGGGAUUCGUGGGCACGCAGCGGACAGCGGCGGUUCGGGGACAGCGGCCAACUGCAAGAAAGUUCAUAGCUCCCUGAAUAAAGUGACCGCGUGUUACCGGCAGCUGGUGCUGUGUGUUGGGGGAACAUCGGACUGCACUCGGCUGCGGGAGGAGCUGGAGGAGAGCAGAAAGAAAGCCUUUGAGCUGAGCACUGAUCUGAGGAACACGCUGAUGGUCUUGCUAAUGGAACAAGAAGUAACUCAGGAGGAGAGGGUGGAACUUGAACGAACCUGGGUACUUUUCCUUUCUACACUGGAGCUUUUCCAGCAGGACUUAUGUAAAGCUCAUCAUCUUUGCCAACUCUUCCCUCUGCAUGGCCGACGCAAGAGACUAGUUAAUACUGGGGUCAUUGGUAAAACCUCAGAAGUGGCCUACAGGGCACGUAACAUCAAGUCACCGAGCUCAAGAGUAAAAGAAAAUCCACAGAGAGGGGAAAGGCCGUGUUCCCCAGACCUGGCUGGUCAGAUUGAACACGUAGAAAGAAUGCUACACGACAUGCAGAUGAAAGUCAGCAUUCCGAUAUGGACAGUAGAGGCCACCGAGGAGGCUUGGGCAGAAGUCAGCUCAACCUGUGAUGAUCUGGAUGACUGCUCUGAUAAUGAGAUCCUGGCUGGAGAAGACAUUUCCAGUAGAGGAUGUUGUGCCCAGCGCCAAUCAUUAGCUCGACCUCUGUGUAUGGUCUCAUAA